GAGCCAAUAAGUGAACCGAACUGCAGUGCCGACGAGCGGCAGUUCACACACAACAUUUGAAAGUUUGUAAACUUUUCCUUUCGAUCACAUUGACACUGACACACAAUCUUGCAGCAGCAGUAGUUGAAACCCGCAGUCUAGCCAACCAUGUCCGGAAUCAUGCGUGUGCCAUCGAUUUUGGCCAAAAAUGCAGUCGCCUCUGUGCAACGUGCCGCGGCAGUCGGUGUCCAGCGCAGUUAUCACAUCACACAUGGCCGCCAGCAGUCAUCGGCGGCCAACCCGGACAAGAUUUCGAAGCAGUACCCGGUGGUGGACCACGCCUACGAUGCAAUCGUCGUGGGUGCCGGAGGAGCCGGCUUGCGGGCGGCUUUUGGCCUGGUGGCCGAGGGAUUCCGCACGGCGGUGAUCACAAAGCUGUUCCCCACACGCUCGCACACAAUUGCCGCCCAGGGCGGAAUCAAUGCGGCACUUGGCAACAUGGAGGAGGACGACUGGAAGUGGCACAUGUACGACACGGUCAAGGGCUCCGAUUGGCUGGGCGACCAGGAUGCCAUCCACUACAUGACUCGUGAGGCGCCCAAGGCAGUCAUUGAGCUGGAAAACUACGGCAUGCCAUUCUCGCGUACCCAGGACGGAAAGAUCUACCAGCGCGCCUUCGGAGGUCAGAGCUUGAAGUUUGGCAAGGGCGGUCAGGCCCAUCGCUGUUGUGCCGUGGCCGAUCGUACCGGUCACUCGCUGCUGCACACGCUCUACGGUCAAUCCCUGAGCUACGACUGCAACUACUUCGUGGAGUACUUUGCCCUGGAUCUUAUCUUCGAGGAUGGCGAGUGCCGCGGCGUGCUGGCCCUCAACCUGGAGGAUGGCACUCUGCAUCGUUUCCGCGCCCAGAACACGGUCAUCGCCACCGGCGGCUAUGGACGCGCCUUCUUCUCCUGCACCUCAGCGCACACGUGCACCGGUGACGGCACCGCCAUGGUGGCCCGCCAGGGUCUGCCCUCCCAGGAUCUGGAGUUCGUGCAGUUCCACCCGACUGGCAUCUAUGGUGCUGGUUGUCUGAUUACCGAGGGAUGCCGCGGAGAGGGUGGUUACCUGAUCAACGGCAACGGCGAGCGCUUCAUGGAACGCUACGCCCCGGUGGCCAAGGAUCUGGCCUCUCGCGACGUCGUCUCGCGCUCGAUGACCAUUGAGAUCAUGGAGGGCCGCGGCGCUGGACCCGACAAGGAUCACGUGUACCUGCAGCUGCACCAUCUGCCGCCCAAGCAACUGGCCGAGCGCCUGCCCGGCAUCUCCGAGACGGCCAUGAUCUUCGCCGGCGUGGAUGUGACCCGCGAGCCCAUCCCCGUGCUGCCUACAGUGCACUACAACAUGGGCGGUGUCCCGACCAACUACCGCGGCCAGGUCAUCACUGUUGACAAGGAUGGCAAGGAUGUGAUAGUGCCGGGACUCUAUGCCGCCGGUGAGGCGGCUUCCAGCUCGGUGCACGGUGCCAACCGAUUGGGUGCCAACUCCCUGCUGGAUCUGGUGGUCUUCGGACGUGCCUGCGCCAAGACUAUCGCCGAGCUGAACAAGCCCGGUGCCCCGGCUCCCACCCUCAAGGAAAACGCUGGUGAGGCUUCGGUUGCCAACCUGGACAAGCUGCGCCACGCCAACGGCUCGAUCACAACCGCCGAUCUGCGCCUGAAGAUGCAGAAGACCAUGCAGCACCACGCUGCUGUCUUCCGCGAUGGACCCAUUCUCAAGCAGGGCGUUGACAAGAUGAAGGAGAUCUACAAGCAAUUCAAGGACAUCAAGGUCGUCGAUAGGUCGCUCAUCUGGAACUCCGAUUUGGUGGAGACGCUGGAGCUGCAGAACCUGCUGGCCAACGCACAGAUGACCAUUGUGAGCGCUGAGGCGCGCAAGGAAUCGCGUGGUGCUCAUGCUCGCGAGGACUUCAAGGUCCGCGAAGAUGAAUACGAUUUCAGCAAACCCAUCGAAGGUCAGCAGAAGAAGCCCAUGGAUCAGCAUUGGCGCAAGCACACGCUCUCGUGGGUGUGCAAUGACAAUGGUGACAUAACGCUGGACUACAGAAACGUGAUCGACUCGACGCUGGACAACGAGGUCUCCACGGUGCCACCGGCGAUCCGCUCCUAUUAAGUCUACUCCUGGAGUUGCAGGACACCCGCAUACACACCCCCUACCAUCACACAAAUCACACCUACGGAUGUAUACUUAAUCGUCUUUGUGGAAGCCAGUAAAAAAUUUUGUCAAGGCGCGAAUGUGCUUCAAUGUGCUACCAACUGGUGACUCGGAAUUCGGCAGCGGUUCCCUGGCGUCUUACAAUGCAAUUUAAACCCAGCUAUACUUUACAUCCUAUAUAUUCUUUAUAUAUCAAAAUCUGAUGUUUCUAUUUAUUUUUUUACGCUGCCCUCCAUUUGGUAACUUUUCGGUUGUCGAUUAUUUGCAAUUCUUCAUAAGCGAAAAAUGUGUGUGAGUAGACAACGAGUAAAGUCUUGAGAGCCUGUUAACAAGCAAAUGAAAACAAAUCCAACUACAAUUUUCUAGUAUUUGUUAAACUUAUUAAAUUAUUGAAACGAAAACGUGUAAAAACAAUAAAAAAGAACAAAAGUCGAAACCAUUUGCUAUACAGUAAAUAAAAGAGAUGAAGUUUAA